CGACCUGUGACCUCCCAAUCCACGUCAAAGCCUGCAUUAGGAUAAUCGAGGCUCUUCGUCGCGUGACAACCUACAUGAUGAGGCUCCAGGUAACAAUGUUGUCUCGUUCACAAUUCCUUCAUGCUUCUGCUUUCGCCUCGUUUCUAUUGUGUCUCCGAGCCCCUGGCUCACUCGAAUUGAGAUGGAGGUUCCUUUCUACACGCUGUCUUCUGCAGGCAGCAGCAGCACGGAGGAGAGUCCGUUAACCCCACCAACCCCGGCGACUCACGAUACUUCUAGAUCAACAUACCACAUCAGUGAUAUCUCAGCAUUUGCAGAUACCCUUCAAGAUGCUGCUAAUCAAGCCUUUCCAAACCGAGGACGAUCUCGAUACCACACCGUCAAUGUCUGCCUGAUCCGAUGGCAGGAAGAUGAACUGCAAGUCAAAGACGAGAUAGAGACGCUGUGUGAUGUAUUCGAUAAACUCUAUGGCUUCAACACGGAAAUAUGGCUCAUCCCAUCGACCGCCUCGCAAAUCCAACUCACCAGCAUGACCUGCACAUUCCUGCAAAAGUUCGACGAGGAAGGUAAUCUUUUCAUUGUGUAUUAUGGUGGCCACGGCAAGAUCAACAACGCACGACAGAACCAGUGGUGGUGCAAGGCACAACCAGAUUCUCCAGUUGUGGAUUGGUCUGCGAUUCAGACUCUGUUCGGGACUGCUGUGUCUGAUGUUCUGAUUUUGCUUGAUUGCUGUGCCGCUGCAAGUUCAGCUGCUGGGUCAGGUUCAGGAACCAUGGAAGCAAUUGCUGCUUGUGGCUGGGAAACGAGAGCACCCCCACCUGGAAAGUAUUCGUUCACACAUACACUCAUUGAGGUACUCGAAGAUUGGGCCAACAAGCCAUCAUUCUCUGCUGCCAUGCUUCACACCGAAGUGCUUUUUGUGUUGAAGCAGAAGCGGCCCGAGAAAGGAAGAGAUGGAAGAAAAUGGGAAUGGUGCUCAACGCCAAUCCACUGGGUAUACACUAGAGAUCCAAAGGCGCCUGGUAUCGAGAUAUCGUCGUUGCUGAGCAUCAAAGCGGCCGAAAAGGCGCCGGCUCGAGAGGAACUUGCACAACCAAGGUCAACUUCGUACAUUGAUGCGAUGGAUCUUGAUGACGAGGAAACAUUCGUCAAUCCCUUGACAGACUGCCGACCAAAUGGAGACUACAAAGUACCGCAUGUCCUCAUUUCCAUUGCGCUCGAAGGAGAUCAGGGUGCGCUUGAUGCCGUAUCUUGCCGACGCUGGUUAGCAGACUUUCCAGCUCUGGCGAAAUAUGCCACAGUGGAAGGAGUAUACAAAGGAUACUCGACCCUGUUAACGCUUUCGGUUCCUGUAAUGAUAUGGGAUCUUCUUCCAGCUCAUCCGGCUUGUUCAUUCAUUGGCUAUAUUGUUUCGCCAAACAAGUGCGCUGCUGUCAUCCGUUCGGGCAUCACAUCUGGACGCAACUCUUUCUCUUCCAUGUAUCAAAAACCGCCAUAUCUAUGCAGGACGCGGAAGCCGGACACCAAUAUUCGAAGUGCUGACUCCUCUUAUGGCUCGGACGGAGGAUCGGACGCUGGAUCUGAUGGUGGGCAAAACGAUACAAAUGAACGUCCCAUCUGGGUACCAACUCGUCUAGAAGAUAUCUCAGACCGAGACGAAGAAUGCGACAGCAGCGAAUGUGCCAUCGAAGACGACUCGAUGUCGGAGUGGGAGGAUUCGAUUGACGGCCGCUCAUCAUCCAAUAACCACGAUGUCCUUUCCAUGAAAAGCAGCAGCUCGAAACCAUCCAGCAAAUCACUCAUCACUUCAAUGCUUACUGAAGGAGAGACUGCAAAACCAAUCGAUAUUGGAACAAAAGGUCAACCUAGUAGGGAGAGAUAUAGAUCGGCGGAUCAGAUUGAGCUUUCUCCGAGAUCUGUAAGGAGGAACAUGUUGGCUUCGGAGUUGUCGGCUUCCUUGAGACGGCAGAUGUUAUGGGAGAGAGAUCAAGGGGGAAUGAGGACGCGAGUGCCGCUCUCGAAUCAGCCGAAAGACGACGGUAACGGAGGUGUCGAGAGGAAGAAGAGGUCGAACUCUUUUUGAAUUUAUAGUUGAAUUUUGGAGAGUAGGGGAGGGGGCGCAUAUAUACCAAGAUCUCAUUGUUUAUGUAUACCUGCGGCAACUUGGCCAGGAUGAAGAAUAAAAGACUCUAC